GUCGGCCCCUUACUACUCGAGACCUUUCUCAAGCAUUAUCUGGCCCCUUCCAGGGUCAAAAACAAAGCUAGGGAAGAUGAUAUCUUAUAUGACGAAGCUUUUGUUUUGAUCAAAACUUUCCUGGAAAUAUCCACUCAUCAUCCCGUCCCCGCACUUCAAAGAUUCGGCCUGGUCCGUACUCCAUCACCACCGUGGAUAGCAGUACAUCGUGUCCUCAUCCCCGACCAAUGUCUUCAACAAUCAGCACAAAACCUCAUUACGGCCUUUGGAGGUGAACAUAUGGCGUACAAGAUUGCAGGAGGUAGUAAAUGGUGGCAAGUACGUGCUGGACCCGGUGUUCAAGCAGAGUGGAUCGUCAUGAAGAAAGAUUGGAAAGAAUUAAGGGAACAAGAGAAGAAAGAACAGUCUGCACAAUAUGCAGCUCGCAAAGCGGGAUUAUUGAUGACGGAUGAAAGUGGGUCGAGUGAUGGUGGGGAAUUCCGGAAAGAGAUGGACGAGUUGAGAUGUAUGCUUUACAUCCAUGGUGGAGCGUAUUAUUGGGGAUCUAUCAAUACCUAUCGGUAUACGAUUUGGCGAUACGCUCGAAAGAUGCACGGAAGAUGUUUCGCCGUAAAUUACAGAAAAGCUCCGCAAUAUCCAUUCCCAUGUGCCAUACAAGAUUGCCUCGCAGCUUAUCUCUAUCUCAUCAACCCACCCCCGGGAGCAAAACACAAACCUGUAGAUCCGAAGAACAUGGUCAUCGCUGGUGAUUCAGCCGGUGGGGGAUUAGUCUUGGCUCUUUUGCAAAUCUUGAGAGACACUCCCGGUUUACCACUCCCCGCGGGGGCUGUUUUGAUUAGUCCGUGGAGCGAUCUGACACAUUCGUUUCCGUCAAUCUUAGAGAAUACGGCAACGGCGAGUCCAAUCCUCCUCAACCUUCAAUCUCCCCCAAUAUCAUAUAAGCUACAUAUUAAACCUUCAUCCUUAUGGCCUCCACCUCCUCCCGACCUUACGGCCGACGUUCAAUCCCGUCUUCGAACUCGUAUACAAGAAGCAGUCCAUCGUCUCCGACACGACUCUCAUCCCUCCACUCAAACCUCUUCUUCUUUGUCACCUGAUGCUGUUCCUAGCGAUAUUGACAAAUCCGAUAAAACGCCUACUAGAUUAACCACACUGGCCCAAUGUCAUGAGCCUUUGAAUAUGAAUGUUGAAGGGAAAGAAGUAAAGUUGGAUACACAAAUACAAAUGUACGCUACGAAUGCACAAUUGUGUCAUCCUUGGGUAUCACCGGUCUUGGGGUAUAUGGGGGGUUUACCGCCGCUUUAUAUCUGUUGUGGACAGAAUGAAGUAUUGAGAGAUGAGAUUAUUUAUCUUGCACACAAAGCUGCUAACCCUUCUGCCUACCCAAUCCGUCCUGACGUCCGUGCAAUGGUUCCAUCUUUGAUCGAUAUCGAGUCGAAACAUCCCCCCACAAACGUCCAUUUACAAGUCUACGAUGGUGCAUGCCACGAUCUUCCGUUAUUCAGUAUGACGAAAUCCGCUCGAGGUGUUUUCCGUGCGAUCGCUUCGUUUUGUCGUUUUUGCACUCCUUCAGCACCUGGAUCUUUGAACGUUACCCAGGAAGAACUAUCUCAACAUCAAUCAGGUCAGACAACUCCAAUAGCUUCAGAAAUGUCUGGGACUUCUUCUCGGAACCAUACAAGACCUUCAUCCCAUCAUUCAUCUUCCUCUUCCCUGCAUGAAGACUCUCGGAUAAAUUCAUCUCCAAUUCAUAUCAACACCGAACCGUCAACUGAAGAUUCCCGUUUGCCCUCCGCUCUUCCUUCGUCGAUAAUGACUCCGACUAUAAAUAACGACCCGAUGCAACUGCCCACGAAGCAGCCUCCGAAAGUAGUCUCGGGAGAUGACGCCGGUCCGCGGUUCGACCACGACAGAUCGUAUCAAUCGGACUCUAAGGCAUUACCAGGUACAGCAGGACAUCCUUCCAUUUACUCCGGUCCUGUUCCAUUCGGCGAGAUUCAUAUGAUACGAGAAAGAGUUACCACAACAGGGGUGUGUCGACCUUUGGAAUCUCCCUCGGAAUUAGGAGCUUUGACUAUGCCAGAGGAUGAAAUAGGUAUGUUGAAAGAAGGUCCUGUGAUGAGGUUCUUGAAUGGCCAAGCAUUAUGGGAUAAGAGAUAUAAGAGGACCAUUAGAAAAGUGGCUAAAACGAGGAAGAGGAAUUUAGAAUUGGCAAAGAAUAAAGAUGCGGGAAAACUUGGUAGGGUAUGGCAGGAGAAGUUGAGAAUUGCCAGUGGGAAGGUGAGCAAGUCGAGUCGACGAGGGAAAGAGUCUAGAGGAAGAAAGGCAGGUGAUUGGAGUUGGAAAUGGGCUUUGGAAGGGGAAGCUCCUCCACCCAGCGCAAUAGUUUCAAGAAGGGAU